UUGUUUAAUUUUCAGGUUAGGCUCGAAAAAUCAACGCCAACGUGCUUAUUUCCGAGCAUAUUUUGUUAUUUUCAGUUAUUAACGAAAUUUUAUCAACUUUAUUAAAUUCAUAGUGUUGAUUAGUUAUCAAUGAUGAGUAAAAGCUACGGUUACGACGAUUUUGAACAUCCCAGAAAUCUGAAAAUUCACUAUGUGCAGAUCGAAGGAUUGGCUCUGAUGAGAAUCAUCAAGCACUGCCAUGAAGAGGGUGAUGGCACAAUUGAAGUUGCCCAAGGAGCUUUGCUCGGAAUGGUUGUUGACAAUGCAUUAGAAAUCACUAACUGCUUUGCCUUCCCAAAGAACUACGACGAUGAUGAAGAGUACCAGUUGGAUAUGAUGCGGAACUUGAAAUUGGUGAAUGUAGAUCACUACCACGUUGGAUGGUAUCAAAGUUCAGAAAUCGGGAGUUUCUUGAGUCUGUCACUCCUGGAAUCCCAGUUCCACUACCAGACUUCCAUCGAAGAGUCCGUCGUCCUAAUCUAUGAUAAUGCAAAAACCGAUAGAGGGUUUUUGAGUCUGAAAGCUUACCGAAUGACUCCGCAAGCAAUUGAAUUAUACAAGCAAGGAGAAUUCACCACAGAAGCCAUCAAAACCCACAAAGUUGGUUACGAGAACCUUCUUGUUGAAAUCCCCCUCAGGAUACGAAAUUCCACCCUUACGAACAUACUUCUAUCUGACCUUGGUGUCUUAAUUCCUCCCCAAGAAGGACACAAGUUUCUUGAUCUAGGAACUGCCAAUGUUGUAGAGAAUCAGCUACGUAGUCUAAUGGAUUGUGUGGAUGACUUGAACCAAGAAACAAUGAAGUUCAACAGACAUCAACAAGCAGUCGCCCGGCAAAUGCAAGAGAAGAACAAAUAUCUUCAGAAAGUGACUGCAGAAAAUGCUGUCCGAGCUGCGAAGGGUGAACCACCGCUUCCUGAAGAAGAUCUCAACAAACUAUUCAAACCUUUACCUACUCCACCCAGACUUUUACCAAUGACUUUGGCAGGCAAGGUCGAAGCGUACUCUAAGAACCUCACCGAGUUCUCUAUGCAAUCAUUGGCGAAACUGUAUUUAAUGGAGGCUUUGCACACAAAGAAAACAUAAACAGACAAGACCAUUAUUUUACUGUCAAAACCGAAGGCCACGUUUUUGAACAUCUAGUAAUCGAUUAAUGUCAUUUUGCUUACUUCCCCCUACACCAUGGGAUCCAAGAAAUCAUGUACUGGUAUUUAUUUAAGCGUUGCUUUUGUAAAAAGUGUUUUUUGUAUUAAAUUUAAAUCAGUUUUGAUACAUA